CGCGGGAGGGGGACGAGCAGCCUCAAGGCCGACGCUUCGUUUGUCUUUCCGGGCUCCUCCCGUUCUUCGGCACCGGUACCGGCGAAGUACCUGCGGAUCGGCAUCCCUUCUCCUCCUUGGUGGUUUUUUUUUUUUUUUUCCCCUGUGUUUUGGUGGUGCUGUAUUUUUUUUUUUUUUUACCCCUCCUUUAAAUCCAAGGAGACGCUUUCCAAGCGGGGCGACCGCUGUUGUUACGUAAAUGGUGCUUCUCCGGGGAGGGCAUCCCCCCUGCCAGCCCCGGCCCGGGGGAGCAUCCCUGGGUACCACUCGCCCAGCCUAGCGGCCGGGCCGCUCGCCGCCACCGCAUCCCAGCCCGCGAUCCGCACCGGCACCGGGAGCAUCAGCCCCGCGGCUCCGCGCCCGGCGGGUUUCGGCGUCUCCGCGGAGCCGCUGCGGGGAUGCUGCGGCGCGUCGGAGCCCGCGGCGGGGAGGGCGCUAUGUCCGAGAGAUAACGCGCCUCCGCCGGCAGCCCGGGGCGGUCUCGGUGCCGGCUCCAGCGGGGACCGUGGGGGCGAGGGAGCGGCGGCCGGGAGGCUGAGGAGCGCAGGCGAGGAGGAGGAGGAGGAGGGCAGCACCAUGACUCAUUUGCAGGCAGGUCUCUCCCCGGAGACUCUGGAAAAAGCCCGCCUGGAGCUGAACGAGAACCCCGACACCUUGCACCAGGACAUCCAGGAGGUGCGGGACAUGGUCAUCACCCGGCCGGACAUCGGCUUCCUCCGCACCGACGAUGCCUUCAUCCUGCGGUUCCUGCGGGCCAGGAAGUUUCAGCACUUUGAGGCGUUUCGCCUCCUGGCCCAGUACUUUGAAUAUCGCCAGCAGAACCUGGACAUGUUCAAGAGCUUCAAGGCCACGGACCCGGGCAUCAAGCAGGCGCUGAAGGAUGGCUUCCCCGGCGGGCUGGCCAACCUGGACCACUACGGCAGGAAGAUCCUCGUACUUUUUGCUGCCAACUGGGACCAGAGCAGGUACACACUGGUGGAUAUUUUGCGCGCCAUACUUCUUUCAUUAGAAGCCAUGAUAGAAGACCCCGAGCUUCAAGUGAAUGGAUUUGUUUUGAUUAUAGACUGGAGCAACUUCACCUUCAAGCAAGCCUCCAAACUCACACCAAGCAUGCUUAGAUUAGCCAUAGAAGGUCUUCAGGACAGUUUUCCAGCUCGGUUUGGAGGAAUACAUUUCGUCAAUCAGCCGUGGUAUAUCCAUGCCCUCUAUACAGUUAUACGGCCCUUUUUAAAGGAGAAGACACGAAAAAGGAUCUUCUUGCACGGCAAUAACCUCAACAGCCUGCAUCAGCUAAUACACCCGGAGAUCCUACCUUCAGAGUUUGGAGGAAUGUUGCCCCCCUAUGACAUGGGGACGUGGGCAAGAACACUGCUUGACCAUGAAUAUGAUGAUGACAGUGAAUGCAAUGCGGACUCCUACAAUGCUCCUGCAAAAGAUAUAGAGAAGGACCUUUCUCCCAAAUCUAUGAAAAGGUCUCAGUCAGUUGUGGAUCCUGGGGUGCUGAAACGCAUGGAUAAGAGUGAGGAAGAAAACAUGCAGCCUUUGCUUUCACUUGACUAACAGUUCCUGAGCAUUGGACAUGAACUGAGGUGGAAGGCACUGCCUCUCAGCAGCAAGCAAACCAUUGGGAGAAAGUGUACCAGCUGGAAUCCUAUUUACUCUUGAUAAUGUAGCAUAAUGGCAUCAGUCAGCAGGUUUUACUAUUCUGCCUGAAUUCUGGAUGCCCUGGGGUGAAAAAGAAGAGGAGAAAAAGGAAAAUAAAAUUAAAUAAAAAAAGGGGUAAUCAAUAAUUUAUUCUGUAAGUGCCAACUCAUUUGUAAAUACAAUAUAAUCUUCGACUUUGACUUUGUGAGUUAUGGUUAAGAAAUGCUAUGGAUAUGAGUGACUAUGAAAUAUGUCAGUGAAGUGCACCAUAAAAAAGAGAAGAAAACGUGUGCACACUUAUACACGCACACACAUGCACACAGAGAAAUGCAUACCGGACAAGGAAAAAUAUCAAAGCCAAUUAAAUGUCCUUCUCAUGGGAAGCCAUAUUGCAGCUAGUAUAUUGACUGCUAUUUUGUUUUCUCUCUGCAAUGCUCAUGUAGAUAAAGAGAUAAAGAGGGAAUAUAAGAACUUGGAGAUGCUGUAAUCAGUUGAAUAUUUCCUAACUGUAGGAAUUAGUUUCCCAAAUAACAUGGUGGCUUAGGAUUGUGAAUUAGCAUAAAUCAUGUAGCAUUAUGAAAAAGAUAACAGGUGAGUGGAACCAACUCUUUGGCAGCUUUGUUAUUUGGCUGUAUGGAUCUGAGAGAUUUCUUCCUUAACUUUUCAUUUACAGUUCACAAGUAACCUGGUUUGUUACCCUAAUCUGGGUUUUGUAACGUGGGACACAUUGGAGUUACUUCUCUUGCAUUUUGCGUGCACAUCAAGAAUUUUCCCAGAACUCUGUUCUCCCUUGGAAUGUGAAAAUUGUCCUCUAAAUCUAGUGUAACAACCGGUAUUUGAAAGUAAAGCCUGGCAUCAGAGGUUAAAAGUUAAUCACUGAAUGAAUUCUGUACACUGGGAGACUGAAUACAUAUAUAUAUUUUUACCAAGCU